CGGCCGCUCUCUGAAGAACCUCCGAAUACGAGGGCGGAAUGACAGCGGCGAGGAGAACGUCCCGCUGGAUCUGACCCGAGUGAUCCAUCUGCUGUGACUUGCUGCCUCCUCCCCCUCCCAGGUCUCAGCUACUGAAAAUAGGGCUGUGAAAAGCACAGUGGGAUCUUGUUGCCGCAUUUGUAAAUAGUGUUUUACUGGUUCAUUGGCCAACUACAUAAAUUGGUUUUAUAUUAAGAACCUUCUGAUAACUUAAGAGAGAUACUCCAAAAUGUGGCCAAAUUGCAAGGUGUAUCAAAUAUGAGAAAACUAGGACAUCUGAAUAAUUUUACAAAGCUUCUGUGUGAUAUUGGCCACAGUGAAGAAAAACUGGGCUUUAACUAUGAAGAUAUCAUAAUAUGUUUGCGGUUAGCUUUAUUGAAUGAAGCAAAAGAAGUACGAGCAGCAGGGCUACGAGCACUUCGAUAUCUUAUACAAGACUCCAGUAUUCUGCAGAAGGUGCUCAAAUUGAAAGUGGACUAUUUAAUAGCAAGGUGCAUUGACAUUCAGCAGAGCAACGAGGUAGAGAGGACACAAGCACUUCGAUUAGUCAGAAAGAUGAUUACUGUGAAUGCUUCCUUGUUUCCUAGUUCUGUGGCCAACUCAUUAAUUGCAGUUGGAAAUGAUGGACUUCAAGAAAGAGACAGAAUGGUCCGAGCAUGCAUUGCCAUUAUCUGUGAACUAGCACUUCAGAAUCCAGAGGUGGUUGCCCUAAGAGGUGGACUAAAUACCAUCUUGAAAAAUGUGAUUGAUUGCCAAUUAAGUCGAAUAAAUGAGGCCCUCAUUACUACAAUUCUGCACCUCCUUAAUCAUCCAAAGACCCGGCAGUAUGUGCGAGCUGAUGUAGAAUUAGAGCGAAUUUUAGCACCCUACACUGAUUUUCACUACAGACAUAGUCCAGAUACAGCUGAAGGGCAGCUCAAAGAAGACAGAGAAGCACGGUUUCUAGCCAGCAAAAUGGGAAUCAUAGCAACAUUCCGGUCAUGGGCAGGUAUUAUUAAUUUGUGUAAACCUGGAAACUCUGGCAUCCAAUCGCUAAUUGGAGUACUUUGUAUACCAAAUAUGGAAAUCAGGCGAGGUCUGCUUGAAGUGCUUUAUGAUAUAUUUCGUCUUCCUCUACCUGUUGUGACAGAGGAGUUCAUAGAAGCGUUGCUCAGUGUAGAUCCAGGAAGGUUCCAAGACAGUUGGAGGCUUUCAGAUGGCUUUGUAGCAGCUGAGGCAAAAACUAUUCUUCCUCAUCGUGCCAGAUCCAGGCCAGACCUCAUGGAUAAUUAUUUGGCACUGAUACUUUCUGCAUUUAUUCGUAAUGGACUUUUGGAAGGUUUGGUUGAAGUGAUAACAAACAGUGAUGACCAUAUUUCAGUUAGAGCUACCAUCCUUUUAGGAGAGCUUUUACAUAUGGCAAACACAAUUCUUCCUCAUUCUCAUAGCCAUCAUUUGCACUGUUUGCCAACCCUAAUGAAUAUGGCUGCAUCCUUUGAUAUCCCGAAGGAAAAGAGACUUCGAGCCAGUGCAGCACUGAACUGUUUAAAACGCUUCCAUGAAAUGAAGAAACGAGGACCUAAGCCUUACAGCCUUCAUUUAGAUCACAUUAUUCAGAAAGCAAUUGCCACGCACCAGAAACGGGAUCAGUACCUUCGAGUUCAGAAAGAUAUAUUUGUUCUUAAGGAUACAGAGGAAGCACUUUUAAUGAACCUUAGGGAUAGCCAAGUCCUUCAACAUAAAGAAAACCUUGAGUGGAAUUGGAAUCUUAUAGGGACCAUUCUUAAGUGGCCAAAUGUAAAUCUAAGAAACUAUAAAGAUGAACAGUUGCACAGGUUUGUCCGAAGACUUCUUUAUUUUUAUAAGCCCAGCAGUAAAUUAUAUACCAAUCUGGAUCUGGAUUUUGCCAAGUCUAAGCAGCUCACAGUUGUUGGUUGCCAAUUUACAGAAUUUCUUCUUGAGUCUGAAGAGGAUGGGCAAGGAUACUUAGAAGAUCUAGUAAAGGAUAUUGUUCAGUGGCUCAAUGCCUCCUCUGGAAUGAAACCUGAAAGAAGUCUUCAAAAUAAUGGUUUAUUGACUACUCUUAGUCAACACUACUUUUUAUUUAUUGGAACACUUUCUUGCCACCCUCAUGGAGUCAAAAUGCUGGAAAAAUGCAGUGUCUUUCAGUGUCUCCUUAAUCUUUGCUCAUUGAAAAACCAAGAUCACUUGCUAAAACUGACUGUUUCUAGCUUGGACUAUAGCAGAGAUGGACUAGCUAGAGUCAUUCUUUCAAAAAUCCUAACAGCAGCUACUGAUGCCUGCAGGCUGUAUGCGACAAAACAUUUAAGGGUAUUGUUGAGAGCAAAUGUUGAAUUCUUCAAUAAUUGGGGAAUUGAGUUACUAGUGACUCAGCUACAUGAUAAAAACAAAACAAUUUCUUCGGAAGCUCUGGAUAUUCUUGAUGAAGCUUGUGAAGAUAAGGCCAAUCUUCAUGCUCUUAUUCAGAUGAAGCCAGCUUUAUCGCAUCUUGGAGACAAGGGUUUGCUUCUCCUCCUGAGAUUUCUCUCCAUUCCAAAAGGGUUUUCCUACCUGAAUGAAAGAGGUUAUGUGGCAAAACAACUGGAAAAGUGGCACAAGGAAUAUAAUUCAAAAUAUGUUGACUUGAUUGAGGAACAACUUAAUGAAGCACUUACUACUUAUCGGAAACCUGUUGAUGGUGAUAACUAUGUUCGCCGGAGUAACCAAAGACUACAGCGUCCUCAUGUCUACUUACCUGUACACCUUUAUGGACAACUGGUACACCACAAAACCGGCUGCCAUUUACUAGAAGUACAGAAUAUUAUAACAGAACUUUGUCACAACGUUCGUACACCAGAUUUGGAUAGAUGGGAAGAAAUUAAAAAACUGAAAGCAUCUCUUUGGGCCUUGGGAAAUAUUGGCUCCUCAAAUUGGGGUCUUAACUUGCUGCAGGAAGAAAAUGUGAUUCCGGAUAUCCUAAAACUUGCAAAACAGUGUGAAGUUCUUUCCGUCAGAGGGACCUGUGUAUAUGUAUUGGGGCUCAUAGCCAAAACCAAACAAGGCUGUGAUAUUCUAAAAUGUCACAACUGGGAUACUGUGAGGCAUAGUCGCAAACAUCCGUGGCCAGUAGUUCCAGAUGAUGUAGAACAACUCUGUAAUGAGCUCUCAUCUAUCCCAAGCACCCUAAGUUUGAACUCAGAGUCAACCAGCUCUAGACAUAAUAGUGAAAGUGAAUCAGCACCAUCAAGUAUGUUCAUAAUGGAGGAUGACCGGUUUGGCAGCAGCUCAACUAGUACAUUUUUCCUUGAUAUCAAUGAAGAUGCAGAGCCUUCAUUUUUUGAUCGACCUGGACCUAUAAAGGAUAAAAAUUCAUUUCCUUUCUUUGCUUCUAGUAAACUUGUGAAGAAUCGCAUCUUAAAUUCACUUACUUUGCCUAAUAAAAAACAUCGUAGCAGCAGUGAUCCAAAAGGAGGAAAACUGUCAUCUGAAAAUAAGACAAGCAACAGGCGAAUUAGAACACUUACGGAGCCCAGUGUGGACUUUAAUCAUAGUGAUGAUUUCGCACCUAUAUCCACAGUACAGAAAACAUUACAAUUAGAAACUUCAUUUGUUGGGAAUAAGCACAUUGAAGACACCGGUAGUACCCCAAGUAUUGGAGAGAAUGACUUAAAAUUCACCAAAAAUUUUGGUAUAGAGAAUCACAGAGAAAACACAAGCCGAGAAAGGUUAGUUGUAGAAAGUUCCACAAGUUCACAUAUAAAGAUACGUAGCCAAAGUUUUAAUACAGACACUACAACAAGUGGCAUAAGUUCAAUGAGCUCAAGUCCUUCACGAGAGACAGUAGGUGUAGAUGCUACAACUAUGGACACAGACUGUGGAAGUAUGAGUACUGUGGUAAGUACUAAAACUGUUAAGACAAGCCACUAUUUGACACCACAGUCUAACCAUCUGUCUCUCUCCAAAUCAAAUUCAGUGUCCCUGGUACCUCCUGGUUCUUCUCACACACUUCCUAGAAGAGCACAGUCUCUUAAAGCACCCUCUAUUGCUACAAUUAAAAGUCUAGCAGAUUGUAACUUUAGUUACACAAGUUCUAGAGAUGCCUUUGGCUAUGCUACAUUGAAAAGAUUGCAGCAGCAAAGAAUGCAUCCAUCCUUAUCUCACUCUGAAGCUCUGGCAUCACCAGCAAAAGAUGUGCUGUUUACUGAUACCAUCACCAUGAAGGCCAAUAGUUUUGAGUCCAGAUUAACACCAAGCAGGAUCGAUUUUAAAAAGAAGUAUGUCGGGGGGAUCAGGAGCUUAAGACCUACAAUAACAAACAACCUUUUCAGGUUCAUGAAAGCUUUAAGUUACGCAUCAUUAGAUAAAGAAGAUUUGUUGAGCCCCAUUAAUCAAAAUACCCUGCACAGAUCCUCCUCAGUUAGGUCAAUGGUGUCCAGUGCUACAUAUGGUGGCUCAGAUGACUACAUUGGCCUUGCUCUUCCUGUAGACAUCAAUGAUAUAUUCCAGGUAAAGGAUAUUCCUUAUUUUCAGACAAAAGACAUAGCUCCACAAGAUGAUCGAAGUACAAGAGUAUUUGCCCAUGAUACAGGAGGUCUUCCAUCUGGAACUGGAGGUCUUGUUAAAAACUCUUUUCACUUGCUACGACAGCAGAUGAGUCUUACUGAAAUAAUGAAUUCAAUCCAUUCAGAUGCUUCUUUAUUUUUAGAAAGUACAGAAGACACUGGAUUACAGGAGCAUACCGAUGAUAACUGCCUUUAUUGUGUUUGUAUUGAAAUUCUGGGUUUCCAGCCUAGUAACCAACUAAGUGCAAUAUGUAGUCAUUCAGACCUUCAAGAUAUAACAUAUUCUGAUUGGUGUGAACAGACUAUCCACAAUCCCUUAGAAGUGGUUCCUUCUAAGUUUUCUGGGAUUUCUGGAUGCAGUGAUGGUGUAUCUCAAGAAGGCUCAGCUAGCAGCACCAAGAGCACAGAACUGUUAUUAGGUGUUAAAACAAUUCCAGAUGAUACACCAAUGUGCCGUAUACUCCUUCGCAAAGAAGUUCUAAGAUUAGUCAUUAAUUUGAGUAGUUCAGUUUCAACAAAAUGUCAUGAAACUGGACUUUUAACAAUCAAGGAGAAGUAUCCUCAAACAUUUGAUGAUAUAUGCCUUUACUCUGAGGUUUCUCAUUUGUUGUCACACUGCACAUUUAGACUUCCAUGUCGGAGGUUCAUACAAGAAUUAUUUCAAGAUGUACAGUUUUUACAAAUGCAUGAAGAAGCAGAGGCUGUGUUGGCAGUACCACCAAAGCAACCUAUAGUUGAUACAUCUGCUGAAUCCUGACCUCAUAUUUAUGAUGUAUAUAGAUAAAUACUAUAUAUAUUCAUAUUUGUGGAUUUUCUGAAAGCUUCAGAAAAUACUGACUGACUGGGCAGCAAAGACAGAAGUAUCUUCUGCACACUGUUCCGGCAAUUAUUGGUACAUGAACAGUUGGAACUGCUGACUUCCCUAACCAAAACAACUUCCUUCUCUUACCAUUGAGCCCUUUGGAGGGUUCCUAUUUCAUCACAAUUUUAAGAGUCUCAGUUACCAUCGAAUACAAGAGCCAAGCACUGAAUACCUUCAUAGGUUUUCUGUUUUUUCAUUUUAAAAGCAUAAUAACAGUGGAACAAUAAUAGGAUAUGCAGAAGUACCCUUCACAGUUAUUUUUGAUUUUCUUUUUUAAGGGUCAGUAAAUAUCUUGUUUGUUAACUAAUUCGGGGAAACCAAGAAUUAGUGUCCUUAAGGCUGCAUCCUGUUACUACAGUAGGGUGUACUGUGACCGUUGGUAUUAGAGAGGGAACUUUGACCCUUCCACGUUUUCUUAAUGUUUGUAACACUACUUCAGAGGUGGGUAACCUCAAAGCAAAAGAAGAGCCUCAACAACCUGGGACUUAUAAAUUAUUUUUAUGUUUUUAGACUGCAUAAAGAUUCUUACUUGUUUUCCAUCUUUUCCGUUCUGUUGCAGUGUGUUCUUAGGCUGUUUGAAUUAAGGUUUUUCACUACGGUUCCUAAUUGAACUGAAAUCAUUUUAUAGUUCAAUUAAAAAUGUUUGCCAUUUGUACCGUUUCCCAUUUAUAGAAGUUCCAUUGGACGUCCAUAUUCACCAGCUUCCCUUAUCAUUUUAAACAGGAACAUGAACAAGCACUAUUAUGUCACACCCAAAACAAAGGAAAGCAUUAAUAUUUUGGAUCUCCUGAGGAAAAAGAUGUUUGUCUGAAAUUUACACAUUCCAUGGGAAAAGAAGAGCCAUAUUUCCUUUAAAAGAAAAUCAUUGAUGAAACUUGUUAUUAAGAUUAGAAAUAGUAGUGAAAAGCCUUAAGUACUAAAUUUUAAAGCAGUGAUUUAAUUUUUAUAUCAUUGUUCUUGUUUUACACAAACUAAAUGAAUGCAGUGAUAGGUCAGUUUAAGAGUACAAUAAUUGCCUUUAUCAUAUUUGUGAAGUUAAGUUGAUGAGGGCAAGAUUUUGUUUGUAUAUAAAGAUAUUUGGAAAUCUUGACAGGAAUCAAACAUAUAUGCAAAUUUGUAUAUAAGAAUAGCAUGGCCAUCAUCAUUAGAAUGCCUGUAAAUCAUAGGGUUAUCUUUUUUUGAAAUCUACAUGUAAAUGGAAAUAGAAAAAAUUCCAGCUGGACUGAUUAGGACUGUUUUUAAAUUCAUUUGUGUAGACCAUUUUUACAAUUAUACAUCAGCUUUGACACAGUCAUAGACCAUUGGUUAAUGUUAUAUUUUUCCAUGCUGCAGAUCCUAUUUUGUAAUGAAUGAGCUUGUACUUUGAAAUCUCUGUAAAGAGCCCUGUGAUCUAGAAAACAUAACUCACAGAGAUAAUUUUUUUUUUUAAACUGGCACUGAAAGUUUAGGAUGAAAGUUUGGGAUGAAACAUUUCAUCUCAUUUCCUACCACCUCUUUGACUGCACUUCAGUGAAUUGUUCUUAUGUGCACUGUGUAGCAACUUACAUUGCAACAAAGCAGAUAAGGGCUGUAAGCUGCUGCUUAUGUUACAAAGGGGUCUUCAGAUUUUUUUCUCAUGAGAUUCAAUGAAGGUAAAACAAAUAAUUUUUUUAACUUUACCACUGAACCCAAGUGUUUAUUUAAAUGUUAACAAUGCUUCUAAGAAUGUUGCCUGUCACCUUGGUCUUUGGUCUUGGACAAUUAAACUGCCUUUCCAGAGAACCAAAUGUCAGAAAUAUUAGACCAAAUAGUGGUUAAAAACUUCAAAGGAAGUAAUGUAGUAAUCUUACUCAGAAUAGGAUUAACAUAUUUUAGACAUUCAUCUUAAACACUACCUCAGUUAAUAUACAGUAUAAAAUCUGUGGUUUAAUCCUUCAAAAGUUAACAGAAAUUAUCUUUUUGUCACAUACAUGUACACAAUGAUCUUCAUCCCUAUACUCCACCUAAGUUAUCCAUCCUGAAAUUAAGGCUAUAGUAAUAGCCUGAACAGUUCUUUUUCCUCACUGUUACUUUUGAAAGACAUGUAUGUGUGUGUCAUGAUACCCACUUAAGAGCACUUACUUUGUGAAGACACUCAGAGCUUUGUGAUUUUCAGUAUGCUAAGAAAAAGAAUGUCUAUAGUCAAAUUUAUAGUGCUAUUUGGUUUAUUCAAGGUUUCACUGACAGGUCUAAUAUGUUAUCUUUGCGUACUCAUUUGUAUAAAAGUAGACUUUUAUGAAAAAUACAUGCAGUGCCAAGUGACUAACUUAGAUCCUUUAAAAUAUUAAAUUAUACAGAAAAGGUUAGGAAUGGUGUCAGUGGUAAUAGAAAUAAUUGAGAAAAAUAACAAUAGAUACUACUAAAACGAUAGAAUACCAAAAUAAUGUCCUCAUUAUAGUUUUUCAAGAUUUUAGAAUUAAUCUUAGUCCAUAUAAAUUUGUACUAUUGAUAAUUAUUGAAUAAUUUGGAGAAAUUUGAUCUAUUAUGCUGGUUGUAAAUUGAAUUUCUAAUUGUAAAUUGUCAUUUCUAAUUGAAUUUUUUAAGAAUGGUUGUCAACUUCACAUACUAAGUAAAUACUGAUAAGGAAAUUAGAAAUCUAGUAUUCAUAAUUAAAUAUGCUCUAAAGUUUCUUAUACUUUUAUUUCCUGUUUGUGCUUAGGUUAUUGGAGGGGGAUACUCUCCCUAGGUAAAUUUUUCCUAAUAAAUUUUAGUAACAUAAGGACAUUUUGUAAGAUAGUGACAUUAAAAGAGGCUUGUUGGAAGUAUAUACAUUAUUAUAAAGUGUACAAGUCCUUUAGAAAUGGUAGCUUUAUUGGUUUUCAGCUCUUUUGUCUAGAGCUUGAGAUAAUUAAGGAUGAAUUUUUCAGGAUGUGCUACAAUGGCAAAGUGUUCAACAGUGAGAUGUCAGUGCUUAUUUAGAUUUGUCUACUGCUACUUAUAUAAAAUUUUAUUUCAUUCCAUUCAGAGGAUGCCUUUUAUCCCCUUAUUAAAGCACACAGCUCAUUAAGCAAUAAAAACCAAAUUUUUUGUCAUUCAAAUUAUAACUUCAAUUAUUUUUUCAUGGUAAGAGUGAGGUGCUAAUUUUGUGUGAGAAGAACUUUUAAACUACUUUGGGAAAUGUUCUUUGGAAAUAAGGACCCUCCCCCCUUUUAGUCCUAUGCUUCCAGUUUUGUCUCAAAUUCACAGUCCAUUAAAACACAGAAAACAAAAAAAAAGGUAGAAUUAGUUGAGAGAUUUAGAAAGGGACUAUUUGGAAUGAAUGAACAUUUCAGAUUUUCCAAAAUGUAAAUUGGGAAAGGUCUUUCUUAUCUCUGCAUUUACGAAAUACAUACAUUGUUACCAUCUUUAAUUUCAUGAGUGUUACUGUAGUGAGAGUUUGGUUAAGAGCAUACCAGUGAGAUUAAUAGCAGUGUUUAUCAGGAAACAUUAAUCUGUAAGAAUCUUUCUAGAACAUUCCUCCCUCCCCCCACACGCUCCCCUUGCCUUUUGAGUUCCAGGCUCCCAAGGUAGUUCUCAUAGAAGGUUUGUAGAUAAGACUCAACAGAAAGUGUAAUUUUCCCCUUUGGAGUAUUUUUGUAAUGUAGGUGGUAAAUAUGCCAUAGCAUGCAAAAAUUGCACAUUUUGUUUGACAUUCUUUAUAAAAUACUUAAUUUGAAAAAUAUCAUUUAUGCCAAAAAUAAGCAUAUCUUAUACUUUUGUCACUUAACUAGGCUGAUUUAGCACAAAAUGGCAAAGUCUUAGGGUGGAGAAGGAAGUGAAAAACAUUUUAUAGAUGCUGGUUGAAAAAUGUUCCAUUACUGGCCUAUCAGAAACCCUAAAGAUGCAUUAUAAAACAAAUGAUGUAAAUUAGUUUUGAAGAGUGGUAAGAGGUUGUGAAAAAAAUCUCAGACUUAAUGCUCUUUAACCACAUGAUUUUCUUUUUUUAAUUUAGUAAUACGCUGCUACAUAUUUGGAAGUUCUGGUGUUUGUAGGUCACUGAACAUAUUGAAAUCGGAUAUAUAUUGUAUAACUGUAACAUAGAAAGAAAAAGUAUUUAUAUAUUUUCCGUAAGAAUAUUUCAUUGAGUUGUGUAUAAUUUAAGAUUUGUCCCAAAAUGGUUUUUGUUCACCUUGAUUUUUUUUUUUUUUGGUGGUUUUCUUGUUUUUGUAUAAUGUGUACAGUUUAUGUCAAGGGCAUUAAAAGCCUCCUGAAGCAUAAUCUUAUCAAAGGGAUACAUUGUUAAUAAAAUGUAUUUAAAAUUUUUUAAAUUGUGAUGAUGGUCUUUUAUUUAAAUAUUUAAAACAAUCCAAGGUCUUUGGACCUUGAUUUAAAUCAUGUAUUGUUAAUACUGAUACAUGUGAUUCCCAGCAAAAGUGUCUUACAGGUACCACAUACAGGGUAGUUCAGUAACAGUGACUUCCAAAUAUUUUUAACUUCAUACUCUCUUAAAUA